GCCCCUCUCUCUCGCCGUCUAUCGGUCGUAGCGUGCUGAUGUCGCCGUGCGUCAUCUCCAGGGCAGCGGAAAAUGGCGGAGCCUUUACCGGAGCCCGGACGGUACUUCUGUGAUAACUGUCCGGCAGACGUCAGAGCCCGUGUCCCGGUUCAGCUCCUUGAUGCAGAUGGUUUGGAACAUGAAGGGGAUGAAGCAGAAGACAGCGAGUCCCCUGAACAGAGAGCCCGGAGACCUAUGAAUGCGUUCCUCUUAUUCUGUAAACGCCAUCGAUCUUUAGUGCGCCAAGAGCAUCCUCGUCUGGAUAACCGUGGUGCUACAAAAAUACUAGCGGACUGGUGGGCCUAUCUGGAUCCCAUUGAGAAGCAGAAGUACACAGACAUGGCCAAGGAGUACAAGGAUGCAUUUAUGAAAGCACAUCCUGGUUAUAAAUGGUGCCCAACAACCAAUAAACCUGUGAAAGCCCCUACAGCUGUCGCCACAAGGAAAAGGCAGUGGCCUUACGCUCAAGAGCCUGUCAAAGAAAUACCAAGUUCCAAGAUAGUCCCAAAGGAAGAAGAAAUGCCACAACUGAACUUUGGUAUAGCAGAUCCAACACAAAUGGGAGGCCUGAGUAUGCUGCUUCUUGCUGGGGAACAUGCCUUGACUGCACACAGGGAUCAAGCAAUGGAAAUAGAAAAUGAAGAGCCCCAGGUGGCUUCAAGUCCUACUGAGUCAAAGGAGUCUGACUGCUUUCAGCCCACUAAGAAGUCUGCAUUACUUGAAUUUGCGGAGAUUUCUUCGAGCACAUCUGACUCUGAUGUCGUUUCGCCUGUUAAGCGAUGUGAGAAAUCUGAACUCUUCCAAUUUGCCGAAAUCACUUCAAGUACCUUGCAGAUUAACAGUUCUGAACCUACAAAACGCUGUGGAAAGUCAGCACUUUUCCAUUUAGCAGAGAUUUCCUCAAGCUCAUCACAUUCCGAUUCAUCUGUAUCAACAAAGCAGUGUGGGACAUCAGCAUUGUUUCAGCUGGCGGAGAUGUGCGUGGCAUCAGAAGCUGUAAAAAUAGAGAUUUCAGGAAAUUUAAAUCCAGCACAACUAAAAGCAUUGAAUGUCCAAGAGACUAAUGAAGUUGUGAUAUGCAACAGCCAGAAAGAAUGUUCCACUGUUUGCAAAGAGGAAGGACUUAGUAAUGUUACAAUUAAAACACACGGGUCGCCUGCCACAGAGCAGGUAGAUGCACACUUUGUAGGGUUCCUGAAGCGGGACAAAAUUAAAAAGAAAAAGAAGAAAAACAAAACUGUCUAUGACGCUGCUGACAAAGGGUCCCCAAAGAAGAGCUGCAAAAAGAGGCAGUCAUCGGAAUCAGACAUUGAAAGUGUCAUGUACACUAUAGAAGCUGUUGCAAAGGGAGACUGGAGUACUGAAACACCUUCACCUUCCCCAUGCAAAAAAGUACGUUCUGCUGCUAGUCCAAAACAUAACUUCUCAGAGUUAAAGCCAACCAAGAAAAAACUGAAAAUGAAAGAGAAGAAAGAGAAAACAACAGAGCCCACCAAAGAAUUGAUGGCGCAAGAGACCAAUAUUUUCACUCAUGCCACAGAAUCUGAACUGCAGGAAGCCGUAAAAGAUGAACCACUAUCUCCUACAGAGGAUGUUCUCCAGUCACAACUACCAGAAAUGCAAAAGCCUGAGGACUGUGACAGUAACAAAAAGGCAGAGACGUGUGGAUCAAGGAAGUCAGAACGGUCCUGCAAAGGUGCUCUUUAUAAGACACUAGUCUCUGAGGGGAUGUUGACUACUUUGCGUGCAAAUGUUGACAGAGGGAAAAGAAACCUAGGGAAAGGUGGCUCAUCUGAUCACGAAGGCAACUGGAAUGAUGACACCUGGACAUUCAGUCAAAAUGGAAAUAAGAGGCUGAAGAAGACAAAAACAAAGGAGGAAGGAAAUGUUGGAUUGGCAAAGCUGGAAGAAGAAUUUGAGAAGAAAUUCAAUAGUCUUCCACAGUACAGUCCAGUCACAUUUGAUCGUAAAAAUGCUUCAUUGCAGAGAAAGAAGAAAACGCCUAAAAAUGGUCAAGUGGAAGAACACAAAGUAAAUAAAGGUGCUGUUCUGUCGCAGAAGAAAAAUCUGUUUCACAAAAUUGUAAGCAAAUACAAGCAUAAAAAGGAUAAACAAAGCACAUUCGAUAAAGCCAUAGCAGAAGACAAGAAUGCCACCGAUAAUUCUUCUCCAAGGAGCAAUUCCAAUCCUGUUCCUCCCAUUCUAGAUGCCACCGCAGUACAGGAACCCCUGGUUGGAAGUCAGAAAAGGAAGGCAAGAAAAUCGAAAAUUACACACCUAGUUAGAUCCUUGGACUGUCAGCCUUCUUCGUUGGGUCCAGUUUUGGAUCAGAAUAGUUGUAGUGUGGAGGGAACUUGCAGAGCAGAGCUGACAAUCUCCGGAGACACAGAUGUGGACCAGAACUGCAGUAUUACCCAAGAUAUACCAGCUGUGUCUGCUUUCUUUAGUCUAGCUGCUCUGGCUGAGGUAGCAGCAAUGGAAAAUGUUCACAGAAAAGAGAUAGAGCAGAGUAGUUGCAGUGUGGAGGGAACUUGCAGAGCAGAGCUGACAAUCUCCGGAGACACAGAUGUGGACCAGAACUGCAGUAUUACCCAAGAUAUACCAGCUGUGUCUGCUUUCUCUAGUCUAGCUGUUCUAGCUGAGGUAGCAACAAAUGAAAAUGCUUACAGAAGUCCUAGAUCUACCCAUGCAAGAGAUGGACAGAAGAAAGACAUGUCCCAGGCACCUGUGCUAAUAUCUUGUGCUGAUCAAUGAAGCUCCACUUUAUGAGAAAACUUAACUCCAUAUUUAAAUAAAAGCCUUGAGCCUUACCUAGGCAAAAUUUAUCCAUGAAAUGGAGGACAAAAUGGGCAGAUAAGAUUUUCACUUGAAGCCGGAAGCUAAAAGCUUGGGUUUUGUCCUUAAAGCCCAACUUGUUCUUGGCCUGCUAAUGAAGAAGAGGGCACUAUGGUCACGGUGGCUUUCUACUGAGGGUAAUAAUGGAAUGAAGAGUAAAGCUGAAGACGCUCUCAGUGCUGUAUCUCUGUAGAGCUGCUCCGUGAUGCAGAGUGUGAUCCUAGUUUCAUAUUAUAGUUACUAAAAAAAAAAAAAAAUAAGGAAAAAAAAAAGAAAUACUGAUGCACUGCACUAGAUAAUAGACAUGCUUGGUCAUUUUUGUAAAUGAAGAUUUACGUUCCAAAAAUGGUUUAUAUAAUAGUUUAUGCUUACAUUUAUAUUGAGACUGAGUUAAAAAGAUGUUCCAGGAAGAUAUAAACCGUAGGCUCAGGUGUACCAUUGUUAGGGUUGUUGUGUGUCUUGUCUGCGACCCUUGCCUUCUGCACUUCUCUAGUUUUCUCUAGACCCUGCUUCCUAUCCUCAGCUCAUGCCAUGUGCCAUAAACACAGGCUACCUAAUGCCACCAACCACAUGUCAUUGUUAACGUACUGACAUACUCUGUUAUAUUGAUGAACAGCCACUUAUAUGCACACACAUUCAGUAAUACGCCUUAAUAGAUAGCAAAUCGCUCUGUAUACAUGGUAUCUACUUUUUUUUUUUUAUGAAAACUAAAAGUUAAGUGAUCCUAUGUAAAAUGGCAUUUCUUUUCUCAGCAUAAACAUACAUGUAAAUAGUCCUAAUUCUAAUCCUCGGGAUAAAAUACAUAGACUUUUAUUGUGUAAACUGGGCUAAUAAGUUAUAAAGUAAUGAAAUUUAAGACUUUUAUGUGCUAGUAUAACAGAAAAUAUUUACCUGUAUGUUUGUGAUCAUUGCCAAGUCCUGUUUUACAUAGGCAUGUGUGUCACUUUAAGCCUUCUUCUUAGAAGCGUAUUGAAACUAAGAUGUUGAUUUUAACCUUUCGUACUAGCUGCUGGCUAUUUUGGGCACUGUUUGUAUUUGAAGGUAUUAAGGAUUGUGGCACAUUACGGAGCUGUCGUGCAAUGUCAGCAGUAAAGCUGUCGAUAGAUACUGUACUUUAGGGCGAUGACAGGUGCAUCCAGAUCAGGGAUUCCAAAUAGCCAGGUCACUCCAGGGAAGUAAAAAAUGAACUAUGCACUAGCACUGAAUGUGCACCGCAUCACCGUUAAAAGGGGGAGCAGUGUUUGUCUGUACUUUUGUGUUCUCCAUUCCAUCUAUCUAUAUUUGUAAAAGGCUUUACUCAUAAACAAAACUUCAAUUUUAGAACCUAAAAAAAACUUUUAGAGCUUAAAAAACCCUUCUAUACCCUGCUAUGUUCGAUGUUGCUGGAAGAUCUGAUGAACUGCAGGUAGUGAACCAUGGGAGUUAAGACAGGUGCCUGAGGACUGACUACUGCGAAAUAUACACAUGUAUAGCUGUCCUAACUGUGUCCAUGGUCCUAAGAUGUAUAUUUGGUAAACCUGCACAAACAUUUAUGGAUUUGUUCAGCCAGGGCUGACUGAAACAAAUAUCCUGCUCUCCCCUUUUGCAUGGCAUCUGUGGUAGACUGAAUGUGAUCAUGUUUUGCUCCUUUCUCUGCUCCUUGUGUAAUACAGAGGUUUUUAGACUAUAGACUACUAUACUAGUCUAUAUAUAUAUAUUAGGGAUCGACCGAUUAUCGGUUUGGCCGAUAUUAUCGGCCAAUAUUCACGAUUUUGGACGUUAUCGGUAUCGGCAAUUACCUUGCCUGUAAACCGAUAAUGCCCUGCCCCCUUACUGCACCCCCCACCCCACCACCGUAACGCACCGCCCCGGCCGCUGCCCCAUUGCCUCCCCCAUCCCCGGUUUUAUAAUUACCUGUUCCCGGGGUCCUCGCUAUUUCUGGCUCCUGCGCGUCCUGUGUUACGAUGUGCGCUGCGCAUCGCAAUGAUGAGUGCCGUCCUCAACGCGACGUCACCGUCAUUGCGCACAGUGACAGCUCAGGAGGACGGCACCAGAGACAGAAGUAGAUCGGACCCCAGGAACAGGUAAUUAUAAAACCGGGAAUGGGGGAGGCAAUGGGGCAGUGGCGGCGAUCUCUGGCCGGUGCGGUGCGGGGGACAGUGGCGGUGAUAGGACUCAGGACUCCAGGACAGGCAGGGGGAGAAAAGCGGGUGGAGGCGGUGGUCUCUGGCACCGCAAAAGCCGCUGCAGUUCAUUUAUUUAAAGCGCCCACUUUAAAUCAAUGAUCUGCAGCGGUGUCGCGGGGGGAUAAAUAGCCGUUAACUUAUACCGGAAUAUCGGUAUAAGUUAUCGGCUAUCGGCCCUAAUCUCCACAGAAUAUCGGUAUCGGCCCUAAAAGAAACUAUAUCGGUCGAU